AUGAAUUCGGGAACAUCGGCUAAUCAUUAUCAGCCUUCUCUGAUAUAUGGGAGACCGCCUGUUGGUUACGAACAACAGGUCUACGAUGUGGCAGGAAGAAAUGGUGGAUCGAAUCACCAUCCACCGCAGUAUAUAUAUUACACACAUCGUGGUGGUUCUAUGCCAGGUUCUAUACCAGGAAGUAUUCCUGGAACAGUUAGUAUUCCUCAGACUCCAUUUGAUCCUGUUUAUGGGAUUACACUGUUGCCGAGUCAUCUGUUAGUUGGAUCGCCGUUUGUAAACACUCCACAAACUGGUGGACCUAUGUCUGCUGGUACUGGAGCGAAUGGUGUCCCAGUAGGAUCUAAUAACAUAAUGAAUUUGCGUAAUUCAAGCUAUAAAUCAUUCUACCCACCGGCACCGAAAUUGAGGCCAGCACCAUCUGGUAGAUUGAGAAGAGCAAGACGAAAAGAUAACAAACCCCAGCAACAACGAGAACAUUCUCGUGACAAUAACAAAGUGGAAGCAGAAUAUGAUGUUGAAAGAGGUUACAGCUCUAGAUCUGCAUCUAGAUCUCAAUCUUUUUCAGCUUCCACAUCAGGUUCCAUGUCUGGCAGCUCGGGUCCCAAAUCAAUACGAAAGACUAUCGAUUCUGAAUUGAAAAUCCAAUUCCAAUAUAGCAUUCUACCUAAGGGGAAUGAUACUUAUAGAAGCAGAUCGUUGCUUUUUACAAAUGUUAAUUCUGAGCUAGAUAUUGUCGAGUUCUUACAAAAAGUUGCAAAAAAUUACCCAAUAGAAAGCAUUUACUUGAUCAAAGAUGAGGACACCGGCGAUGACAUUGAAAACCUUAAUACUAGUAAUAAUGAUGAUGAUCCUAAUCAAAAUUAUAAUGCUGAUAAUAAUAACAAUAGCAAGAGAGAGGAUGAUAAGGAUAAGGAAUCAGCCCCUGCUUUAACCAAACAGAUUGCCAUUUCUCCGUCAAGUUGUUCACAACAGUCAUAUCUUUUAAGUUUCUUCACAAAAGAAUCAUGCCUAGAUUUCUACAAUAAUUUAUUACAGAGAUAUGCUGAAAUCAAAAACGCAGUAAAGUCUGACCAGUUAGCAAUGAACUUCGUUAAGAUUCAAGACGAUGAGGAAUGGAUGGCCAACUUGAAGAUGAACGUUAUUUCUUUGGGUGCCACUAGAAGCCUUUAUGUCGAGUUUGCGGACGAUAGCGUUACUUCAGACACUAUUUGGGACACACUCCCGUUUUUGAAGAAUUCAGGUAAAUAUGUUGUUAUUGAUGUAGAUGUGGUUACUACUGAUGAAAGGAGAAAAAACUUCGGAUUACAUUAUUGUUUACUCCAUUUUCUCUCGGUAACAAUGGCUUUAGAAGUUAAAGAACUGUUAGAAACCGGAGAUGAAGCAGUAUCAAGAGUGUCAUUCGUGACACCUGCCAAUUCGGCAGAUAAGGAAAUGAGAAGAAGAAGAAGCAGCGCCAUUUCGUUAAAGCAAGAAGCAAGUCCUCAAAUGUUCUCGACGGAUUCUCGCUCUCGCUCUCGUUCUAGUAAUGUGUCGUUGCCUCUUUCGGAACAAGUCAGCACAGCAUCUACAGAUAUCAGUACGCCGAUCUAUGAAGAAUUUGAUGGUAAUCUAACUUGGUCCACCCUAAUUGUAGAUGUCUCUGAGUACAAAGAGCCCAUUGUAAACGAAUUUGACCAUCAUUUAAACUCGUGGUCUAUCUCCAAGCCAACGACUCUCUAUAUGCAUGAAUCUGGAACUACAAACUUCUCAUCCAGUAAUCUUUCGGAUGACAUUGAUCCUCUAUCCAUCUCUAGUCAUGACCCUGUUCCUCAACAGAUGUUACUUAACGAAUAUCCUUAUAUUAUGGAACCAUUAAUGCCACCCCAGAUCACUCAAACGAUACAAAAUCAAUAUUCCAAAAGCAUACAAGCGGUAAAUGCCGGCAUGGAACACAGAACUGUUUAUAUCGGAAAUAUUAACCCAAGGUCUAAAGCAGAGGACAUUUGUAACGUUGUUCGUGGUGGUAUCUUGCAGCAUAUUAAAUGGGUAUCUCAUAAAAGGAUUUGUUUUGUAACAUUCAUCGAAACUGCCGCAGCAGUUCAGUUUUAUGCGAAUACUACACUUGAGCCAAUCAUAUUACAUGGGAAUGUCCUAAAAGUUGGUUGGGGUCAGAAUCCUGGUCCAUUACCUAAGAAUAUCGCUCUGGCAGUUACUGUUGGUGCAUCGAGAAAUGUUUAUGUCAGCUUACCUGAUAAGGCCUUCAAGGAUAAAUUCAUAAACGACCCUCAGUUCAAAGAGUACCAAAAUAGGUACAAGAUUCCAAAUAUUGCACAAUUGAAAUCUGAUUUUGGUGCCUAUGGUACCAUGGAACAGGUCAACUUCCAUUCAGACGGUCAUUGUUGUUGGAUAAAUUUCAUGAACAUUAGCAGUGCUAUAAAAUUGGUUGAAGAAUAUUCCGACACAAAGGAUAAUCUAUUCCAUAAAAAGACUGAAGGAAGAUAUGUGGGUUUGAUUAUAGGGUACGGCAAGGACAGAUGUGGUAAUAUUAACAGAAAUUUGGUCUUCAACAAAAACGGCAAAGGUAGCAAUCAUAAUCGUAACUCACAAAACAAUAACACAAGUAGGGGCCACAGACAACGUAAGCAGAGUGCAACAUUUUCUAACGCAUCAAACAUUGACUUAAAACAUUCUUCAGUUGCGAAUGCUUCUAUAGCAAAUGGCAAGUUGGAUCGCCCAAUGGAUAAUAAGAACUUCUUAUCGUUAGGGGUUGAUGCAGAUUUCAGUGAGGGACUUGGAAUAUCUAUUUCACCUCAAGCGGAAAGAAGGCAUGUGUUAAGUGACAAUGAGGAUGAACGAGAAGAACAUAGAGAAGAAGAACAAGAAGAGUGUGGAAACAGGCACAGCGGGGUAAAUGGGUCUAACGUUGCGAACAACGAGGCUAUAAAUGAAACUCUCAUAAAUGGUACAUAUACCGCUGAUAUACCAGAGGAUACUCUGCAGGUGGGUAGCGAUAGCUGCAGCACCUAUUCCGGUUCGAGUUCAAGUGAUGUAGACAUCAUUGUGAACGCACCUUCUCCAAAGGCAGGUGAUGCGAAGUCAUUUACGCACACUCGCCGCAACGCUCACCACCGUCAAAGGAAUACCAACCAAACUCGUCAAUAUAAUAAUCAUCACCAUGCUCAACAGCACCAAUUCCAACCACUUUCGCAUAUCAACGCACCUUACCAAACACCGCAACCGCAAUACCAUCCGUAUCCACAGACACCACACCGUUUUUCAAACUCUUUCGUUCCAGUAGCGCAACAUGAAGGCGCAAAUAAUGGUAAUCCAAGGAAAAGCUCAAUGAAACCAAUUGCAGGUUCAGAUGUUAUGACUAGGUACUUAGAACAGUUGCAUCAUAAUACUUUCGUAUACGCUGCUAAUAUUUUGGGAGCUACCCAGGAUCCGGUAUUCUAUGAUGAAGACAAUGCAUAA